CAGUUUAACCUUAUCGUUGGCGAUCUUUUCAAGGCGAAAGACGACUAUGGGCAAUAUGGUGAUCUCGCACAGGAGUUAAUCACGUGGCUCCGCAGUAAAACCCACGUUCUGGCUCUCCUCCACGAAUUGCAGAUGACGACUAUUGGAAAGACCUUAUCCAUCAUUCGCACGGUGCUCACUCGAUGGCUAUCACAUUAUUUAGCA